AUGAGUGCAGAAGAGAUUAAAUAUAUCGAUCAAGAAUUCGAUGAACCUCCUAAUCCAUUCAAACGGAAAUUAGAUUAUAUAAAUCCUGUUAUUUAUUAUAAAAAUUAUAAAUUUGGACAAUUUUUAGCUGUACUAUUAUUACUUAUUGUGGUUAUUUUCGGUUCAAUUGGAUUUUUAAUUAAUACUGCUAGAAUUGCUUAUACUCCUAUUCCACCAGAAGUUUAUGAAAUCCUUUCUCCAUAUAAAUAUCCAACUUUGAGUGCUAUUAGAACAUCACUUGUGGAUCCAGAUACUCCGCAAGAAUUCCAUUAUAGAAAUAGUACCGUUACAGAAGGUGAAGUUUGGAAAUUGGUAUUCUCUGAUGAAUUCAAUGCUGAUGAUAGAACCUUUUUCGAAGGUGAUGAUCAAUUUUUCACAGCGGUUGAUCUUCAUUAUGCCGCUACCAAUGAUUUAGAAUAUUAUUUACCCUUUAUGGCUCGAACUAAAAAUGGUAGUUUACAACUUACAAUGGAAGCUUAUAAAUAUAAAGGUAUGGAUUACAUAUCUGCUAUGAUUCAAUCUUGGAAUAAACUUUGUUUUAAUAAAAAUGCAAUUGUCGAAGUUAGUCUUCGUAUGCCUUCUUAUGCUCAAUCAAGAGGUUUAUGGCCUGCAGUUUGGAGUUUAGGAAAUUUAGCUAGACCUGGAUAUAUGGCAACUACAUAUGGUCUUUGGCCUUAUACUUAUAACGAAUGUGAUUAUGGUAUUACUCCCAAUCAAUCUUCACCCGAUGGAAUUUCAUAUUUACCAGGUCAAAGAUUAAGUAAAUGUACCUGUUAUGGACAAGAUCAUCCUAAUAUCGGAACUGGAAGAGGGGCUCCUGAAAUUGAUAUUAUUGAAGGAACAAGAGGAUUAUACGAUGAUUGGGCUUUAGGAGCUCAAACUUUACAAGUUGCUCCCUUUGAUAAUUGGUGGAGGCCUGAUUAUGAUUAUUUAAGUAUUGAAAAUUUGAAUAUUACAUCAAUGAAACCAGAUACAGGUACCCCAAGUCAAGAAGCUAUUGCAUCAACCACAGUUUUGAAUAACGCAUGGUUUGAGAAUUUACGUAAUGCGACUGAUUUAAAGAGUUCUAUCCCAGGUCAAACACAUUUCCAAAAGUAUGGAUUUGAAUAUAAAAGUUUGAAAACAGCAGAUCGUGAUAGCUAUAUACAAUUCUUUGUGGCUGAUCAAAAAACAUUAGGUAUAAGAGGUGAUGCGUUACAUCCUACUGAAUCAGUUGGAUGGAGAGAUAUUUCCAAAGAACCAAUGUCAUUGAUUUUUAACUUGGGUUUAUCACCUACAUGGAUGAAUAUUGAUUUUGGUUCAUUAGAAUAUCCUGCUACGUUUGAAAUUGAUUAUGUUCGUAUUUAUCAACCUGAAGGAGAAGAAGAAAUGACAUGUAAUCCACCAGACUAUCCAACUACUGAUUAUAUCAAUAAACAUGUCAAUGCCUAUAGUAAUGCAAAUCUUACAAGUUGGGAAAAUGCUGGAUACAAGUAUCCCCUGAAUAGUUUUAUGCACGGUUGUCAAGGACCUACCAUAUAA